AUGAUGAACGGCGGCGCCGCCGAGACCCCUCGGACAUUUGUGAAGGAAGUGAAGCGUAUCGUCAUCAAAGUUGGGACUGCUGUUGUCACCAGAGGUGAUGGAAGAUUGGCACUUGGAAGAUUGGGAGCGCUCUGCGAGCAGAUUAAAGAGCUGAAUUACCAGCAUUAUGAAGUCAUUGUUGUUACCUCUGGUGCUGUUGGCCUUGGCCGCCAAAGGCUGAAAUACCGCCAGUUGGUCAAUAGCAGUUUUGCUGAUCUCCAAAAGCCACAAGAUGGUCUCGAUGGUAAAGCUUGUGCUGCUGUUGGGCAGAAUUGUAUCAUGGCCCUUUAUGACACAUUGUUUAGUCAGCUGGAUGUGACAUCUGCUCAACUUCUUGUGACUGAUUCAGACUUUAGGGAUAAAGAAUUCAGGAAGCAACUUAAGCAUACUAUAGAGUCGCUGAUGUCGCUAAGGGUUGUUCCCAUAAUCAACGAAAAUGAUGCUGUUAGUACUAGGCGAGCACCAUACGAGGAUUCUUCUGGUAUAUUUUGGGAUAAUGAUAGUUUGGCAGCUUUGUUGGCACUGGAGCUGAACGCUGAUCUUCUUGUUCUGCUGAGCGAUGUGGAGGGUCUUUACAGUGGUCCACCCAGUGAUCCAGAGUCGAAGUUGAUUCGUACAUACAUUGAGAGAGUUCAUCUGGGUGGAAUCACAUUUGGAGACAAGUCCAGGCUGGGAAGAGGGGGCAUGACAGCCAAAGUAAAAGCUGCUGUAAUGGCGGCUAAGGCAGGUGUCCCUGUCAUUAUAACCAGCGGAUUUGAUCCUGAGAGCAUACUGAAAGUCCUCCAAGGAGAUGAUGUCGGCACUCUCUUUCACCGUGAUGCUCAUUUGUGGGUCAAAACAAAGAAACAGGUGCUCGAGACAUGGCGGUUGCAGCAAGGGAAUGUUCUAGAAGGCUGCAGGCACUAUCUUCAGAAGAUAGGAAAAAGAUUUUGCUGGACAUAG